AUGAGGCAGGAGGACCAUCCAUUCCUCGAAGUCCAGCAGGCUGGAUUUAGUAUGCUGGCGAGGAAGUUGAGCGGCAUCAGGCAGAGAGUUUGGCAUGUCAACACCCGCCUGAGCCGCUUGGAGAUGUUGCUGCGGCCCCUUGGGCGCAUAGCAGACAAUGUGGGAAGGCUCGCUGACGCAGUUGAGCGUCUUGUUCCUGCAACACCACCUCCUCCGUCCACCAGAUCCCCUCCUAUCACCCGGUCCACCAGGACCACACUGUGCCCUGCUGCUCCUGGAACCUCCCGUGGCCAGUCCCAUUGUCCUCCCGCCUGCGAACCCGAGGAGGAAGAAGAUAAUACAACCUACAUAUUUACAAGUAACCCUUCCAUAAUAUGCGUUUUAUUAUAUUUUUUCCUUGGCACAUUGUCUGUUGUCACAAUAUGUGGAAACUUCCUAGUAAUAAUCUCCAUCAUUUACUUCAAACAGCUCCACAUCCCUACUAACUACCUUAUUCUCUCUCUGGCUGUGGCUGACCUGCUUGUAGGAGUUUUAGUUUUUCCUUUUAGCAUGGCAUUUACUGUAACCUGGUGUUGGUAUCAUGAGGGUUUAUUUUACAGAUAUUAUGCAGUUUGUAAGCCUCUUGCUUAUAAAAGUAAAAUUAAUGAUCAUAUUAUUAGGAUUAUGAUCCUGGUGUGCUGGGGAAUUGCUGCUUUGAUUGGGAUUGGCAUCAUUAUUGCAGGUUUUAAUCAAGGAAAAUGUGAAGAAAGUUGUUUAAUUGAUGCUCUAAUAUCAACCACUCUAGCGUGUAUAUUUUCCUUUUAUGUCCCAGUCAUUAUAAUGCUUAGUAUCUACCUAAAGAUUUUCCUUGUUGCACAGGAACAGGCACGCAGCAUCCAGAACACUACCUGUCAGAGCAAAAAGUCUGGAGCAACUGUCAGUAAGAAUGAGAGAAAGGCUACCAAAACUCUGGCUAUCGUUUUGGGAGUUUUUCUCUUGUGUUGGAGUCCUUACUUUCUUUGUAUCAUAUUUCAGCCUUUAACAUAUAACGUUACACCAAUUGCUGUGAUAGAAACACUUAACUGGCUUACACUUUUAAAUUCAAUGCUCAAUCCAUUCAUUUAUGCUUUCUUUUACAGCUGGUUCAGAUCAGCUUUCAGAAUGAUCAUUUCGGGAAAGAUAUUUCAGGGACAUUUUGCCAACUCAAAACUUCUUUGA